GAAAACCAUGCAGUCAUCAGGGCACAGAUUUCGUGAUGUUGAGCACCACCCACUGCUUGCUGAAAAUGACAGUUAUGAUUCCUCUUCCUCAGAGGCCGACAUGGCAGAGAGGGUUUGGUUCAUCCGAGAUGGCUGUGGUAUGGUCUGUGCUAUAAUGACAUGGCUUCUGGUUGUCUAUGCAGACUUCGUAGUGACUUUUGUCAUGUUGCUGCCUUCCAAAGACUUUUGGUACUCUGUGAUCAACGGUGUUCUCUUUAACUGCUUGGCAGUACUAGCUUUGUCAUCGCAUCUGAGAACUAUGCUAACUGAUCCAGGGGCUGUACCCAAAGGAAAUGCCACUAAAGAAUACAUGGAUAAUUUGCAACUGAAACCAGGAGAAGUGAUCUACAAAUGUCCAAAGUGCUGUAGUAUCAAACCUGAACGUGCACACCAUUGCAGUAUUUGCAAACGAUGUAUUCGAAAGAUGGAUCAUCACUGUCCGUGGGUGAAUAAUUGCGUGGGGGAGAAAAAUCAGAGAUUUUUUGUUCUAUUUACGAUGUAUAUAGCCCUAAUUUCAGCUCAUGCGCUCAUACUGUGUGGGUUUCAGUUUUUCUCCUGUGUCCGAGGGCAGUGGACUGAAUGCAGUGACUUCUCCCCACCUGUAACUGUGAUCCUGAUGAUCUUCUUGUGCCUUGAGGGUUUUCUGUUUCUCACGUUCACUGCAGUCAUGUUUGGCACCCAAAUCCACUCAAUAUGCAAUGAUGAAACGGAGAUUGAAAGACUGAAGAGUGAAAAGCCAACAUGGGAGCGGAGACUACGUUGGGAAGGAAUGAAAUCUGUUUUUGGGGGUCAGCCGUCGCUCCUGUGGAUCAAUCCUUUUGCAGGAUUUCGAAUCAGGCGACUUCUACUGAGAGCAAAGAAAGGAGGACCUGAGUUUUCUGUUUGAGUCUAAUUAUGCUGGAACUUGCAAAAAUACUAUGUAAUAUUUAUUUGGGGCCAGAGAAGGCUGUCUACAUAUAAUCUGUGACCAGGUGAAACCAAUAUCAGACAUUUGCUUGUAGCAAGCAGAGUUUUAUACGUUUAUCGUCACAGACAUCUCAUUAACUUUCAGAGACACGAACUGGAUCUGUAAUGGUCUUAACAGCAAGAUAACAAAGGAAAAGCACGUGGUCACACUAAGGAAGCCAAAUGUUGUCACGCUACUGUAAUUUAUUUUAUGAGAUUAAUUAUCCAUUUUUGUUAAACCCUUUUUAUUUGAUAAAUGUUUGGGGAAUUACCUGUGUGUUUUUAUAAAA